UUCACAGCGUUCUUCCCCACUCCAGUCUUCUUCACCUUGCUGCUUCACUACCACCUUUUCCUAUUGCAUUGUACGGAGCGUUGGGGUUUCCUAUUGUUGUCUAUUGUCUUCACAUCGCAAUACUUCGCUUAAUACUUUUCCUACGUCGCUACCUUGUCUCUGGAAGACAUUCAUGAUCUAGCUGGCCUACUACUACGACCGCACUUGUUUACUGCUUCAUCAUUGAUCCUGAACCUCAGAGUCUAAUACGCCAGCCAGACCACGUUUCACAGCCAUACUCCUUCGCCAUGGCUUCCUCUGCGAACCAACAGCAACUCUUUCCACCUGUGCCUCCAUCUAUGUCCGCUGGCGAUAGUCAUGAGAUGCGAGACUACUACCCAUCGCAAGAUGCACCACGACCUACAAUAAACCAGACACCAAACUUCAAACCAUACCUCGGCCUUCGAGCUAGGCUCUCACAGAUAUGGAUCAAUCGCUGGACGAUCCUACUGCUCCUAGUCCUUGUGCGACUACUCAUCGCCAUCGCAAGCACCGACGCAAGCCUCGUUUCCGCCCGUCGGGAAGCCCUCAGUGCUUGCACCCAAGUCGAGAACAUCGGCAGCUCCAUGGCCUCCAUGCCCCACUACAUGGCCAAGGGCGUCAACGAAAUGACAGCUUCGGGGGUUGAGAAGGCAAUCAGUGGCCUCAUGCAAAUGCUCGAAAUGAGUGUCACUGGUGUCGAAGAGAUUAUCCUCUUCGUCAUUCACAUGAUGACAAGUACCUACCUCUGCCUAAUCACCCUCGCUGUCAGCGGCAGUCUUCACGCCGCUGUAGAAAUCGGCGAAGCUAUCAACAAACAGCUCGACGAGACUAUCGAGUCUGUCACCGAAGACAUGGGCGACGCCGUCAAGUCCGUUUCCGACGGCAUCAACUCCAUCAUGGACAAGAUCAACUUCAACCUUCCGGGAUUCAAAAAGCCAGAAAUCAACCUGGACGACCAGAUCAAGAAGCUCAAGGCACUAGAGAUGCCUCCCGAGAUGUCAGAGGGUCUCCAGAAGCUCAACAACUCUAUCCCGACCUUCGAUCAGGUGCAAAACUUUACGGAUGGUAUCAUCCGCCUGCCUUUCGAAGAGGUCAAGAAGUUGAUCCGCGGGAUGGACACAUUCGAGUUCGACCGUACAGCUCUUCCUGUGCCACAGAAGGAAGCACUUACCUUCUGCUCCGACGGCAACUCGAUCAACGAGUUCUUCGAUGAUCUGAUCGAGCUGGCCUACAACGCACGGAAGAUCGCGCUCGGUGUGCUCAUCGUUGCCGCCAUCCUUGUUUGCGUCCCGAUGGCGUGGAUGGAGAUGCGCCGCUACCGGAGGAUGCAAGAACGUGCCGCUCUCUUCGCCGAGGGUCACGAUGCUAUGGACGUCGUCUAUCUCGCGUCCCGGCCAACAUCUUCUGGCAUCGGCCUGUGGUUCGGCAGGCGCUUCGGCUCAGCUCGUCGACAAGCUGUCAUGCGCUGGGCCUGGGCCUACGCCACUUCCAUUCCCAUGAUGUUCUUGAUCUCUCUGGGCAUCGCUGGUCUCUUUGCAUGCUUCUGCCAAUACCUCUUGCUCAAGGCCAUCGAAGACAAGACCCCAGAGCUCACGGAUCAAGUCGCUGACUUUGCCGGAAAAGUCGUUGAAUCGCUAAAUAACGCGUCUAUGUCAUGGUCUAACGGCGUUAACGGCGCCGUCGCUGACUUGGAUAACACGAUCAAUGAUGACAUUUUCGGCUGGGUAAACACCAGUACGACGGCAGUCAACGACACUCUCAACGCCUUUGUGGAUCAGAUGAGCACCACGCUCAACGACACGUUCGGUGGCACUGUACUUUACGACCCGAUCAAGGAAGUUCUCAAUUGCCUGAUCGGCCUGAAGAUCGCCAGCUUCCAAAGUGGCCUCACUUGGGUCCAAGAGCACGCGCACGUCAACUUCCCUGGCGUCGCAAACGACACACUCUCUAUUGGAGCCCUUGCUGAGCAAAGCGACUCAGGCUCUGCCAACCAACUGCUCGCUGACCCGAACGGCAAAGCAAAGGACGAGAUCACCGAAGCCGUCGAACGCGUUAUCGACAAGCUGAUGAGCGGUAUUCAAACCGAAGCGCUCAUCUCCACCGCCUUGAUUCUCAUUUGGCUCUUCAUUGCCCUUGGCGGCCUUGUCUACGCUUCGACCCAUCUCUUCCACCGUGACGAUCCAGAACUCGGAUGCAAUCCCUAUGUCGUCAACCCCGCUCUCGACCGUGAGCCCAAGCCCAGCGCCGAUUACCCCACCACCGCGCCGCCGCAAUACGUGCCCAACGACUACAACGUGAACAAGGCAGCACCAUACACGCUCGCCCCCCGGCCUUUCUCUACAUUCGAAUCUGGCGACAAUAUCGAGCCAGUAACAGAGAAGGUUGGCCGAGUUGGCUUACGCGCGGUGACCGACUCCGCACGCCCAGGGCAUCUACGCACAAGCAGCCAUGGCCAGCUCGCUGAUCCCUCACCAGCCGACGACCGCUCCGGUCCGUUCUCCGACCCACAUCAAUACACUCAGUCGCCCUAUCCGCAGGAAAAACAGCAGCAGAACCCGUUCAUAUAAGAUCCAUAUUUUGUCGAAAUUACCCGUAAGCCAGUUGUCGACCACCUGACCUUUCGGCUUGCCUUCUGCGUCAACCGGUCAACGACUGGUCUUACUAUUAGACAAUCCUGCGAACCU